AUUUGGCUCCAACUUCCCAUGACAGCUCAACAUGCAAUAAUGGUUUGUCUAUCGUGCGUGUGGAAACCGUCCGUGUUCGCGGCGAGGCUCAGAAAGCGAGUCUGGCCGGGCUUUUCUGUUCCACACUAUAGCACCAAGACUGCGCCUCAUAUUCCGGGAAUGGACUACCAGGAUGCAGUUUGUACCCUGAACACGCUCCAGACAAAUGCCAGUGCUCUGGAGCAAGUACGGCGAGACCGGAGCCGACCUGAAUUGCAGCUUCAGGCCAUGCGGGGAUUCCUGGAACGGGCCGGCCUCACUGUGAAGGAACUAGACCACCUCAACAUCAUUCACGUGACCGGAACAAAGGGCAAGGGGUCAACGUGCGCAUUCACUGAGCACAUUUUGAGAGGUUAUGGUUUCCGAACGGGAUUUUACAGUUCACCACAUUUGGUGGAAGUAAGAGAGAGGAUUCGAAUCAACGGACAGCCGAUUGGAAAAGACCUCUUUACCAAAUAUUUCUGGCAGAUUUAUGGACGGCUGGAUGAAACAAAGGAAGCCCACGAUGGGACAAUGCCCGCGUACUUCCGCUUCCUCACCAUCUUGGCCUUCCACGUCUUCCUUCAGGAAAAGGUGGAUUUGGCCGUGAUUGAAGUUGGGAUCGGUGGCGCGUAUGACUGCACCAACAUUAUAAGGAGACCGUGGGUGUGCGGCAUCUCUUCUCUGGGGAUCGAUCACACGCAGAUCCUCGGAGACACCAUCGAGAAGAUUGCCUGGCAAAAAGGGGGCAUCUUUAAGCCAGGGGUCCCUGCGUUCACCGUCAAACAGCCAGUAGAGGCCAUGGAGGUGCUGAGGGGAAGGGCCAAAGAAAUCAGCUGCCCCCUGUGGGUGUGUCCGGACUUUGAGGACUACCAGGCCAACUGUGGACCUUUAAAAUUGGGCUUGGCGGGGCAGCACCAGCGAUCCAACGCCUCGCUGGCCCUGCAGCUGAGUCACACUUGGUUGCAAAGGAGAUGCCUGCCGGAGGAAAAGUUUUUAUCUGCCGUUGUUGAGACUUCAAGUAUACCUGCAGCAACUCCCUUCACGCCCUCCCCCGUCAUGAAGAAAGGACUGGCAGACACCGAGUGGCCCGGACGAAAUCAAACGAUUCGACACGGCGCGGUCACGUACUUCUUGGAUGGCGCUCACACCAUGCGCAGUAUGCAGGCCUGCGUCAGUUGGUUCCGAGAGACGGCGGCCCAGCGAGAAUUGAACACGAGUGGACCCGUUGCGAGAAUCUUGCUGUUUAAUGCCACAGGGGAGAGAGACUGUGCGGCCAUGCUCAAAGUUCUUGCGCAAUGCCAUUUUGAUUUUGCCGUGUUUUGUCCUAACAUCACAGAGACCACCACGUCGGCUAAUGCAGACCAGCAGAACUUCAACGUGUCCGUGGAGCACAUGCUGACUCGCUGCUUGGAGAACGAGAGAAGCUGGCGUCUGCACCAGAGCACGGGGAAAGCCAGUGGCACGCCGCUGCUAAUCGAGGACGGGCUGCCUUUGGUCCCUGAGGAGAAAGAGACCACGUUGGUGUUUCCCUGCAUCCUCAGCGCCCUCCAAUGGAUCACACAGGGAAGGGACGCGGCGCUGUCGCACCCUUCCAAAAACGCCAUGCCCCUGAAAGCCAGCGUGAUGGCCAAGGCCGCCCCACUGUGCGACGCAGCCGAGAUCCACGUCCUGAUCACUGGAAGCCUCCACCUGGUGGGAGGGGCACUCAAACAUCUCGUCCCCGAAUCCUCCAAGUACAUUUGAGGCUGUUCAAAUUGGAAUUCCAACACAGGAAUAUGAAUGUCAGUUUUAAAAUGGACAUUUCGUGCGACCCACAAUAACGAAAGUGAGACUAACGAUACCCCGUGUCAGUCAUUUGGAGCGAGGCAGCCCCCCCCCAUUCAGAAUGGCCCAACUCGCAUCAAACCUUUUGCACAACGGGCCGAGCUCAAGUCUUAAGUCCCACGUGAAGUCAAUUGUGUUUACAUAAUGGGUACAUUCAGCAAAACGAGCUAACGUUGUUUGUACUUCACUGAUUCCAAUUGCUACCUGUUGUAUUUUCAAUAAAAUAAAAACAUGUCGAUACUGUA